AUGUGCCUGCUGGGCUCCGUCACCCCUAGGGACUUCUUCUUCAAGGAGAGCGGGAGGCAGCUGCUGGUGGGUGAAGUGGAGCAGGUAUGUGCCCUCUUCAGUAGGUGCACCUCCAGCGCUUUUGAUUUGGAGAUGAGGCACAGCACCCAGAGCUUGAGGGGCUACCUGGACGAGGAGUUAACCUAGUUGCCCCUGGCGGCUUCAGAGAACUGCCCAGGGGUCUUUGAGUGGUGCAAGAGGAGCAAAUGCACGGAUGAGGCCAUCUCCUCCCUGUACACAGUAUCCACUGGGCCCUGGAGGUGAGCCACACCCAUCCAGCCAGAGUGCUGUGCCAGGGGGGCCAGUGCUUUACUGCAGACCACGUCAUCAUGACUGUCCCUUUGGGCUUCCUGAAAGAGAAUGUGGCAGCCAUGUUUAAGCAAGCCCUCCCCAAGUCCAAGGCCGGCGCAUGGUGGACAAGAUCUACCUGUGAUUCAAGGACAUGUUCUGGCCCCACGACUGGGUCAGGAUCCAGUUGGUGUGGGAUGCGGGGGAGGAUGAGGAGUUAUACCAGCACUCUCAUUCAGAGGGUGGGGCCUGGAGAGACACAUGGUAUAAGAUCUGUGGCUUCGACACGGUGGCCCGCAACGUCACCGUCCUCUGCGGCUGA